CAUGUUGUUGCAUUAAUUAUUUUAGUACAAAUUUCUGUUUGUCUCUAUAUAAGCUACCACCCCCUCUCUUUCUCAUAGUCCUUUACUCCCCUUUACUUGUCACCUAAAACUUUCUCCUCUGAGGCUUCUUCAUACUUUGAUUUCAGGCUUGAAGAUGGCAUCUGAUACAUGGACUCUCGAAAAAAGAGCACCCCUCAGAAGUGAUUCUGUACUGAAAGAAGUGAACGUGCCUGAAAUUGGCUGUCUUUCAAUUGUUGUUCUUGGUGCUUCUGGUGAUCUUGCGAAGAAAAAGACAUUUCCUGCACUGUUUAACCUUUAUCGUCAGGGAUUUUUGCAAUCACAGGAAGUCUAUAUUUUUGGCUAUGCAAGGACAAAAAUAUCGGAUGAAGAGUUAAGAGAUCGUAUCCGUGGAUAUCUUGUUCCCAGCAAGAAUACUGCAGAGGGGCAUGAAGAAGAUUUGUCCAACUUUCUGCAACUGAUCAAAUAUGUUUGCGGCUCUUAUGACACCGAGGAGGGUUAUCAGUCACUGGAUAAGGAAAUAGCUGAGCAUGAGAAUUUAAGAAACAGCAAGGAAGGAUCAUCCCGUAGAUUAUUUUACCUUGCUCUUCCUCCAUCAGUAUAUCCUCCCGUCUGUAAGAUGAUCAGAAACUGCUGCAUGAAUAAAUCUGAUCUUGGUGGAUGGACUCGAAUUGUUGUUGAGAAGCCUUUUGGCAGGGAUUUAGAAUCGGCUGAACAACUCAGUAACCAGAUAGGGGAAUUGUUUGAAGAGCCACAGAUUUACCGAAUUGAUCAUUAUCUGGGAAAGGAAUUGGUGCAGAACUUGUUGGUACUUCGUUUUGCUAAUCGCUUCUUCAUGCCACUUUGGAAUCGUGACAACAUUGACAAUAUUCAGAUUGUAUUCAGAGAGGAUUUUGGAACUGAUGGUCGUGGAGGGUAUUUUGAUCAAUAUGGAAUUAUCCGCGAUAUCAUACAAAACCAUCUCUUGCAGGUUCUUUGCCUUGUUGCUAUGGAGAAGCCUGUCUCCCUUAAGCCUGAGCACAUUCGAGAUGAGAAAGUGAAGGUUCUUCAGUGUGUGAUUCCUAUUAAAGAUGAAGAGGUUGUACUGGGACAGUAUGAGGGCUAUUUAGAAGACCCAACAGUUCCAGAUGACUCUCAUACUCCCACAUUUGCAACUAUGGUCUUGAGAAUUCACAACGAGAGAUGGGAAGGUGUGCCCUUCAUACUUAAAGCUGGCAAAGCUUUGAACUCCCGGAAGGCAGAAAUUCGAGUUCAGUUCAAGGAUGUUCCUGGUGAUAUUUUCAAAAGUAAUAAGCAAGGAAGAAACGAAUUUGUUAUACGCCUACAACCUUCAGAGGCUAUGUACAUGAAGCUUACCGUCAAGCAGCCUGGACUCAAGAUGUUAGCUAUUCAGAGUGAGAUGGACUUGUCCUACGGGCAGCGUUAUCAAGACAUUACAAUCCCAGAGGCUUAUGAACGUCUGAUUCUCGACACGAUAAGGGGUGAUCAACAACACUUUGUUCGAAGAGAUGAACUAAAGGCAGCCUGGGAGAUCUUUACUCCUCUUCUGCACAGAAUAGACAAUGGUGAGUUCAAAUCAAUUCCAUACAAGCGAGGCAGCAGAGGGCCAGAGGAAGCCGACGAGUUACUUAAAAGGGCUGGCUAUGUUCAAACACAUGGAUACAUCUGGAUCCCUCCCACCUUAUAGAAAUCUUUACCAUCUAAAUGCAAUUACAAUAACUUUUGUUGUUAUUUUGUUUUAAUGUAUGAAGAUGUUUAACCUUGUAAACUUGGAUGUUGGGGUUUGUGUUUGUUGUGACUUAUGCUGUGGACGAGUAAUAGACGAAGAAAGUUGGCAGACACCGUUGUUUUAAAGAAUGAUGUUGCAUGAGGUAGCAUGUUGCAAAAUGAGAAAUGGACCUAGAUAUCAAAAUUCAAAGAUU